GCUCAGGGAUUCUGGCUCCCUCCUACAGCCUUCAUCGAAGUCGCUGAAGAGUCUGAGAUUGCUACCGAAGAGAUAUUUGGCCCGGUAUCCGUCAUCAUGCAUUUCAAGGACGAGGACGAAGUCAUUGCUCGGGCCAAUAACAGUGAGUACGGACUGGCUGCUGGCCUUUCCACGCGCGAUAUCAACAGACCUCUGCGUGUAGCUGGUGAGUUUGAGGCUGGAAUGGUGGGAGUCAAU